GAUAUUAUAUAAUCAGCAAGGAAUGGGACCCAAACAUUCCAUUGGUACCAUAAUUUAGUUUACUAUCACACACUAAACAUAUCGCAGAUGCACUUGUUAUAUAAUAACUCUAAACCACUUGCUUCUUCAAUGAACACCCUUCCAUACUUUCAGUUUGAAAGAUGCUCCAACCAAGCAGUCAACAAGGUCUCCUGCAAGAUCUCUUGCCUCCAACCACAGAAACCUGGCCCAUAUUUCCAAAUCCUCAAGAACUCGGCACCAUGGACACUCAACUAUUUCCCAUUCAAGAAGAUGACUUACUACUUUUCACUUCGUCUUCAUCAUACUUGCAGCUCAUCUCCUCCUCAAUGCAACCCACUUUCCAAUCACAUUACGCGGAUGAAUCAACCUACUGUUUUGAUACAUUCACACAAGAUAAGGGUUUCAUGGUACCAUUGAUGGUAGAAGAAGAAGAUGAUGAUGGUGAUGGUGAUGGUGAUCAGAAUGCUGUUUGUCAUGAUCAAAUCCCAACCGCUUUCACCAUGGGAUCGAAUGGGGAAAAGAAGGGCAAGUCCAAGAAAAUUGAAGGACAACCUUCCAAGAAUUUAAUGGCGGAAAGAAGGAGGCGAAAACGGUUGAAUGAUCGGCUUUCUAUGCUUCGAUCAGUUGUUCCUAAAAUAAGCAAGAUGGAUAGGACAUCGAUUCUUGGGGAUACAAUAGAUUAUAUGAAAGAACUUCUGGAAAAAAUUCAUAAGUUGAAAGAACAAGAUAUUGAAUCAGAUGGGGAUCAGUUGAAACUGAUGGGUAGGUUUAAAGAAUUCAAUAUGAAGGAAUCACAAGUAAGGAAUCCACCGAAGUUUGAUGUAGAGAGGGGAAAUAUCGAUACCCAGAUCCAUAUUUGUUGCUCAACGAAGCCUGGAUUGUUGUUAUCGACAGUGAACACACUUGAAGCACUAGGCCUCGACAUUCAAGAAUGUGUUAUCAGUUGUUUCAAUGAUUUUUUCCUUGAAGCUUCCUGUUCUGAGGUACCGGAGCAUCGAUCCAUGAUAACUUGUGAAGAAAUGAAGCAAAUCUUAUUCAGAAAUGCGGGUUAUGGAGGAAGAUGUCUGUAAAGAUGAAAACUUUUAUAAGACUUUAAGCAUGUAAAAGGGUUAGGAGAUGAUGGAUUGUUAAUUGAUUGAAUUCUUUUGCGGAUCUCCAGAUUUUUUUUAUUGUUAUUUGUGACAAAGGUGUUAUGCUUUUUAGUAUCAUAAUGAAUCAUUGUUAAAUCCGUUGUCCAA